AUGACCACUAGAAAGAUUUGUGACAGUGGUAGUCCAAACAUUUUCGGAAAGAGAACAACUGAACGUUGUCUGAGAUGUUGCAAUUCAGAUCUAUGUAACCUAGAAUGUAAUUAUUCACCAUCAACGACACGAACGAAAACUCUUGCAACGACUACUGCAACAAUUCCUUCAACAACGUCUACAGCAACUACUAAUAAAACAACUACUACUACAACGACUACUACAACAGCGACUACUAUAAAAACAACUACGACAGCACUCAAAUAUUCGUUUCCAUUCGAUUGCUGGGAAAUCCUACAUAAUGGAUAUAAUAUAACGGGCGUAUACCAGAUUUAUCCCUGGGGAUCUAGUGGAAAGUCCAUAGACGUACUCUGUAACAUGGAUGUGGACCCAAAAGGAUGGACGGUAUUUCAAUGGCGUCAUCCCUUAUCUGUGAAUUUUUCUAGAGAUUGGGAGGAAUAUAAAAACGGGUUUGGUGAUGUACAUGGUGAAUUCUGGUUAGGAAAUGAGAUCCUUCAUCGUUUGACAACACCACACAGAACGCUAUUUCAUAUUGGUGUAUCAAGCGUUAAUGGGAGUUCGUGGUAUGAAAGAUGUGACAACAUGAAAAUAGCAUCCGAACUUCAAAAAUACACCAUUACAUUGGGAAAAGCCUCUGGAACGGCUG